CAUCUCGAUCUUUCCUUUGGUUUCUAUUUAGAGCAAUUACAGUAAUGGGGAAAUUUAUGCUCUCCUAUUUAUUAACCCGCAGUUCUUAGCUUAUUAUUCAAGAAUCAAAUUAAGUGUGUUGGGAACAAGUGUUUGAAAAUGACCAGCAAUGCUGUGGAAAAUCGAUGCGAGAACUGUUUGGAACUACAACGCUCGCUAGUCAAGACUUUGGGCGAAAAACGAUCGUUGCUAUUAAGAUUACAGAAGGAGCAAUCGAGAGUUAGAAAACUGUUGAGAGAAGCCGAAAAGGGAAAGAGAAGAGAUGGGGAGGAGCCGUCAAACUCAAGGGAUGAUUCCAGAUCUGUUUCAGGUGAAAGCGGUGGAGAAUGCCUGGAAUGGCAACUGAACCAGGUUAUGGAAGUCAACAAGAAGUGGAAAGAAGACUAUGAUGCUAUAAAGAUAAAAUAUCAGACAGAGAAUGAAAUGCUUCGAAAGGAACUGGAUUUGACCAAAGAAAAGCUUGUAAAUUCAGAAACACAGGUCCUUGCUUUGGGAGCUGAGGUUUCAAGGCUUGCAGCUACUUUAAAUGAUCUUUAUCAAGGACAGGAACCUUCACCACGGUCACCAUUUCUAGAUCUGGAUGAUUACGAAGUAUUUAAACAGCAGAUACAAGUGUAUGAGGAAGAUUUCUCAAAUGAGAGGAAAGAUAGAGAGCGAGCUCAAGGUGAAAAAGAUAACCUUCAGCAACAGCUUAUAGAUGCUCAAGACAUCAUUGCCACAUUGACACAAGAGCUUACAAUCUACAAAAGACAGCUAAAUGAAUGCCAAGAGGAAACAAAUGCACUGCGUCGCCAUAGCUCAGAUCCAUCCUUGCUCACGUCAAGCCCUCAGUUACAGGUCAUCUACCCUGUGAACAGAUCAGUAUCCCCCUCCCAGUGGCAGCGAAGACAGGAACAGCUGAGAAGGGGUAUCCUCACAAGAGGUGGAGGCCACCUUGAUGCACCCCAAAGUCUGUUUUAUGGAGGAGAAGUAGAAGUGGACAAAUGCAAGACUUGAUUUAUUUAUCAUCAGCAGUACCUUUACUGUUCUUAUUAAUUAUUUUAAUAAUUGAUUCCUAUCAGCUAUCAUAAUUAUCAGUUUCAUCCAUGUUAGAUAUGUUUCCUGUCAAAUACAAAGGAAUGUACUCGUAAUGAUUUCACCAAAUUGGGUUUCUUAUAUUUGUUUUUUCUCCCAGUGGUGAUAAGUAAAAAAAAAAAUAUACAAAUUAGGCUUCCACUUCUGGUUCUGAUAUGCUGUCAAACAGACAGAAAAUGAAUAGUAAGAAAAUAUGGAUCAAUGUUAAUAUCUGAACAGCUACGUACCCACCCCUCCCCUAACUCAACAAAAGUUAACUGUUAACAAUUCAGGGUUUAAGUCAGGUUAGGGGAGGGGUAGUUGGGCAGGUGUUCAGGUACUGACUAAUGGUACUGAAAAUACCAUAUUGUGUGGAAAUAACACCAGAUUAUCAAGACCAACCAACACUGAGGAAUAGAUCCAAAAUUUGAGCUGUAUUUCUUGAAGUGGUUGCAGAGAUUUUCCAUGUAGAUUACCAGAAUCUUUAGUUUGAGUGAAGAGUUAAAAUUAUUUAAAUUUUUCAUUGACUGCAGCCUUUCAUAUUUUAUAUUCUAAGUGACUUUCCACUUCUCAUGUUAUUAGCUAUCAGUUAUGAUUGCAAUAAGAUGUAUAUUUCCCAGACAAUAAGUGGAAUUUUUUUGAAGGUUAAGAUACCUAGCUGACAAGACAAUAUCAGUAAUGUUGUAGAGCACAUACUAUUAAAGCAGUGAGUUAAAUGUAGAAAUGAACCAAUUAAGUACCAGAAGUGAUUAACUUGUAACAUCUCCACAUUAUAUCCCUGCAUUAUCCAGCAAACAGGUAGUGAGAAGACCCAAACUUAUCAGGUAGAAUUUGUUAUCUUGAUUUAAUUAACACCAA